UCACCACAGUGUGACAGCAGAGCUCGGUGCACAGGAGGGUCUGGCAACCCUGAGGGUUCUAUCAGCCCAAUAAUAGCCAAACUCCUCUCCCCAUCGCCUCUCACUGAGGCAUUUGGCUCCCCAGGAUGAUCUGCUCCUUCUCCAACUCUGGAUUCACACCUGCUUGGAGCAUCAAAUCCCCCAGAUGCUGAUAUCCCACUAAGGACUGAAAUGGAUGGUUUCAUCCCGGGGGCCGCUGACCCUUAAGUUCUAGUGAGAUGUCCUUCAGUGGCAACGCGAGCCAGCCCUCCCCGUCCACGACGUCCCCUCUUCCGCCCGUCAACCGGACGACGCCUACGGAGGAGGGACGCUCUUUGCAAGAGUGGGCGUCCAACGAGACUUUGCUCUCGGAUCUAUCUGUCCUCGGGCAGGACGAGCAGUGCCCCUCGUCCCCCAUCCUCACGGCGUUCCUGGUGGCGUGGUACAGCGUUACAAUGGUGCUCGGCCUGGUGGGCAACGUGGGCCUUAUGUGCAUAAUUACACGCCGCCGAGAGAAAGCCAAUGUCACCAGCAUUUUCAUUUGUAAUCUGUCAUUCUCUGACAUUCUGGUGUGUGUCUUCUGCCUCCCUUUCACACUCAUUUACACACUGAUGGACCACUGGGUGUUUGGGUCACUGCUAUGUCGCCUGGUGCCAUUCAUUCAGUGCGUGUCUGUGACCGUCUCUAUAUUGUCUCUAGUUUUUAUCGCUCUGGAGAGACACCAACUCAUCAUUAACCCCGCUGGCUGGAAACCCAGCAUUCCUCAAGCCUACACAGCUGUGGUUAUCAUCUGGAUACUGGCGGGCUUCACCUCCUCGCCUUUCUUGGCCUUUCAGCUGCUCACAAACGAGCCCUACACCAACAUGAUGCUAACCGAGCCGGCGUUCUAUCGAGAAACCCCGCACGCCUCGCCCGGUAACUCAUCCGUGCUUCAAAAUACCCAAUACUUUCACAACCUUUACGCGUCCCUACACAUGGAGGCAUGUCUGGAGCGCUGGCCAUCCCAACAUGACAGGUUGACCUACACCACAUGGCUGCUUUUGUUCCAAUACUGCGGCCCUCUAAUUCUCGUCCUGCUUUGUUACGUCCGAGUCUUUGUGCGCCUGCGUCACCGCAAAGACAUGCUGGACCGCGCCAGGACGCCGGAGAGCCACCGCAUGACCCACAGCCGCCGAAUCAACAUCAUGCUCGUGGCCCUGAUAACGGCGUUCGCCCUCUGCUGGCUGCCGCUCACCAUUUUCAACGCGGUGUCCGACUGGAACCAGGACGCGCUUCCCGUCUGCCACCAUAACCUGCUCUUCUCCCUCUGUCACCUCCUGGCAAUGUCCUCCACCUGCAUCAACCCCAUCAUCUACGGCUUCCUCAACUCCAACUUCAGGCAGGAAGUCAAAGAGGUGCUCCAGUACUGCAGCUGUCGCCCCCUAGAGGAGGAGAGCGAGCGGCUCCCCAUGUCCACGGUACACAUGGAGAUGUCUCGCACUUCAGCGCCGCUCGCCUGCAGGAGUGACUCUGUUUAACAGGAGCUAUCAUCACAUCUAACAACUCAUUUUCCGCCUUUAAUGGACAUUCGACCAUUUUCAUAAUGACUUAUAAUGAAAACAUGUUUUUUGUGUGCAUCGUGCUAUGGUUAUCUUGCUAUUUAGAAGUGUUGCUUUAGUUGGCUUGCAUAAAUAGCUUUAAUUAAAUAAAAAAUGCAAUGCUAUGGCUUUAAUAGUGAGCGGUUUAAAACCUGUGAAAAAAAAUGGGCCAUUUAUGCAUCAUUUAAGCAAUUUUUUUAAAGAAUGCUGCUUGUUAGGAAUUUCGGCAAAAGGUUCAUCCACAGGCAUGUACGCAUUAAUGUUGGUAUUUGGUGCAAAAGUGUGUCAUCAAAAAUGACGGCGAAAAAAUGGUAUGUGAAUUUCUCUGGUAUGUUUAGUUACUUUUGCAUUGAUUGCAUCUGUGCUGUGAAAAUUGGCGUUUUGACACUAAAGAAAAGCUGUUUUGUGGCAUUGUCAUGAACAUUUUUUUUAAUGAUGAAUGAUGCUUGCACAAGAAGGGUUUAAUAUAGACGAAUGAAUAGCUUAUAAUUUACUUGACUGCUCCACCAUUUUAUAUACAUAGGAACUUUUAGGCAGCCCUAUUGGCAGGAAGUUAGUGCAGUAUUCACAAACAAACACAUUCAUUUAUCGCUGGACAUCACCGCAAUAAAUUUAUUUGAGCAAAGUAGGAAUCAUUCAUUUUAAAUCUAUUAUAAACAGCAUAAAAAACUGUUUAUGACCUUCUAAAUAUGUUUAUCAACAUAAGAGCCAUCAAGACAUUAAAUAGCACCCUUUAGUCACUAAUUCAAUUUAGUAAUGCUGCCUGAAACUGAGCCAAUCAUCCAAUCAGCAGGCACGGCACUGAACAGUGCCCUCUGGUUGGUCUCCUCCCGUGGUCAAUACCACUUUGGUUUUGAUAUUUAUAGUUCAUUUAGUCAUCUUAUUGCCCGAGCAUGCUUAGUUUAGGACCAAAAUAGUGUAGAAUAUGCUUUAAAAAUGAUUCAAAAGAAAAUCUGUGAAGCCAUAAUAUUUUAAGCCUGAUGUGGCAAAGUAUAACUUUAGUUUGUCCAUUUCAACCAAAAAAUACACGGAAACAUGGUUAAACCCUGGUUGAUUGUUAGAUUUAGGGUAACUGUUUAACUUGAUGGGGGUUAUUUGUAGUCAUCUUGGAUAUAUCCCUGCCAAUCUGCUGGGUUAAAAGUAUACAGUCGCGACGGUAGGGAUGGUGUUCCU